AUGGGUGAUGCUACUGCUUUGGUGACUUUACACCUAUUGGAAGAUGGUGCAAACACAUCAUUUCCGAGUGUGCACGCUCUGGACUACUACACUCGGUUUGAGGUUUUACCUCUGGCAGGUUCCUCUGCCGAUUACUAUGCAAUCUGGGACUUUGACCUUCAGGCCGUUACAACGGUGCAUAGGGCUAUGCUCAAAGAUCCAACAUUUGAUUUGGUGGGCUGGUAUCGGGACCAUCUCGACUGGACAGGCCUUUAUGUCCAUGUUCAGACCAAACACACUCUGUGGCUUCAGGACCAAAUCAACGAGCUCCAAAGGGCUGCUGAACCGAUUCCUGAAGAGGAUGAGACCUCAGGCCCCAAGAUAGAGCUCAGCUGCAUGAUUUUUGGUACUGAAACAACAUCCAGCUCGACUAGUACAUCCCUAUCUCAGUUCUCUUUGGUCCAACCACCAGGUGGUUCCGAGACUGAAUACUCGAAUGCUUCGGAUGACUCUGGGUCCAUACCAGGUCUUCAAACCAUCUCUGGGAUGUCUGGGUCUGGUAGUACCUUUGAUACUCUUUCCAAGGACUUCUGGGUCUCGGAUAUCGAGGAGGAUCGAGAAAACUCACCUACAAACGAGUUUCCAGGUCAACAACUCGAGCAAGAGCCCAAGAAUAAACCUCCAGUUCGCUCUAUGGUUCCUAUGUCAAUUGACAUUGAGCACAUCGAGUCUUUAGACGAUCUGAGCGGGUAUCAGCUUGGAAGACCAUUUCCUGGUGACGAAACACUAGAAACGACACCUACGUGUUCCAGGUUCCACAUCAAGCGAGUGGACUUCGAUUUCUACGAGAUCUAUGAUGAAGCACUCGGGUUCGAGUCCUGGAUUCACUCUGCACAAUUGAAGCACGAAACCUUCUCCAUAGGGAGAUGGUAUGCUGAGCAGACAACUCGUACAACAGGGUACUCAAGCCCUGCUCAGGUGGCGAUGGAUUGGAUGGCCAACAGGCCUCUUCAUGAGACCAUUAUGGGUGCUGUGUUCUUACAGCGAAUCUCUGAGCUUCUCGAGCUCGGAUCCCUUUAUGACCACAAACUUGAUAGCAUAGAGCGACUUGGGAAACAAUUCACCGUGGAAUGGACGAUCCGUGAUGCGAGUCAUUUCAAGAUCCAUGAUCAUUAUCACCAAGCAACUUCAUAUUUGCCUCGAGACCUGCUCGACGAUCCGGAGUUUAACCUACUCCACUGGUACGAGUUUAGAAUAGCUCAGUUUGAGCUUGAUGGCUUUGAUUUUCUACCUGCAAAACCUCCCCGGAAACGGGUAGAGCAAUUCAAGGAGGCACUUGCAGAAACUGCAGCCAAUGAGGAGUGCUGGCCAGAUGUACUAGAGUACAUCGACGAACUUAUUCGUCGCAUGGCGGAUGACUUCAACUCGUUGAAUGUCAAUGCUGUUCAAGUUGAUCGUGGAAAAUUCCCUGCUGUGCAGAGGAAUGUGUCUUCCGUGAAAGAAAAAGGCCGUGUCCUUCCAAAACCGCUCGUCCUGAAGUGUCUCCUUGGGGGCCAUCAGGUACGAGCACUUGUGGAUUCUGGGUCGCAGGGAGAUUUCAUCUCCACAACUCUGGUGGACCAACUGCAGCUCCGAAAGGAGGAAUUGCCUGAUCCGCUGAAGCUCCAGCUUGCUGUUCAAGGAUCGCGCUCGGUUAUCAAAUACCGAGUUAGCGCCCGUUUUCAGUAUGAAAGCAUUGAUACGUCUCAUACGUUCGAUGUGAUUAAUCUGAAUAAUUACGAUAUGAUACUUGGGACACCCUGGCUAUACCAACACCGAGUCAGUAUUGGGUUUAACCCAGGACAUUGCAGUAUUGGUAGCUCAGAGCCUAUGCCCAUUCGGGCUGGUCCUGAGGACAAGCCACUCGUCAGGACAUUACAGCCAGUGGACGAUGUAGUCGAAAAGGUUUGUGAAGAGCUACGGGCUCGAGCUGAGCCUCUCUGUCGAGGUGUGGAGGACACAGAACUGCCACCACUUUGUGCUAUCAACCACACAAUUCCCCUCAUUGACCCGAAUCGAAAGUAUCCAUGGUGUCCCUCACGAUGCCUGGAGGCCUUUCGUGCUCAAUGGGCGAAGAAGCGACAUGCUUAUCUCUGCUCAGGUCAAUGGGAAAUAACUUCGGCAGGAAAUACCAUACUGAUGAUGCUGAUACCUAAGCCUUCAAAGGACAGUGGCCUCCCUGAUGUUCGAACUUUGCUCGACUUGCGAGAAUGCAACAAAAAUACAUAUAAGCUCACCUCACCUCUCACUGAUAUGGAGGGAAUGCUCCGGAGAAUGGCGAGUAAGCUCUUUCGCACCACUCUGGACCUAAAGAGUGCAUACAAGCAAAUUCAGAUUAUUCCCGAGCAUGUCGAGCGGACGUCGAUGACCACUCCGGAUGGGAACAUGGUGAGCCAUGUUAUCCAAAUCGGGGACUGCAAUGCACCCGUGACGUACCAGGCUUUAAUGAACCACCUGUUCUCACCAUAUAUUGGUCGGUUCAUGGACGUUUAUCUGGAUGAUAUCGUUAUUUAUGAUGAUGAUCUUGAUGAACAUGCUGAGCAUGUCAAAUUAGUCCUGGACAUCCUGGUGGAAGAGAAGCUUUACCUUAGCAAGGACAAGCUUCGCUUCAUUGCACUGGAGUUAAAAUUGCUUGGGCGUGUUAUUGAUGACAAGGGCAUUCGCAUGGACACUGACAAGGUCGACUCGGUGCUGAACUGGAAGGUUCCAACAAACCGGGACUUGCUUAGAGGCUUUCUUAGGUCUGUGGGGUACCUCGCAGAUGAUGUCCCUAGUGUCCGUAUCCCCAUGGGGGUGUUAAGCGCCCUUACGGGUGACACUGUUCCGUUUUGUUGGACUUUCACAGAGCAGCAGGCAUUCGAGGAUGUAAAACAACUCGUUCAUGGUGCACGUGGCCAUUCUCAUGUCCCAUUAACCUAUGCGCCUGAUGCACAGCCUAUCAGGAUGGUAACUGAUGGCAGUGCGACUGGUAUUUCUGGCAUUGUGAGCCAGGGAGCUGACUGGAAGACUGCCAAGGUUGCAGCCUUUUACUCUGCUAAAUUGAACUUGGCACAGCAGAACUAUGCUGUGCACGAGAUUGAGAUGCUUGCGGGGAUCGAGACGAUGCUCUGCCAUCGAGAUAUUCUGCAAGGAACUAAGUUUAAAUGGUUGACAGACCAUAAAGGACUUAUUCACCUCUUAAAUCAGAAGAAUCUCUCGGGUCGACAAGCUCGAUGGCUCGAGAAGAUCUCGUCUUUUGACUUCGAGGUCAUCUACAUUGCUGGGAGUGAAAAUAUCCUUGCAGAUGCCUUGUCCUGCAUGUAUUUGGACGACUCAGGUAAUGUUGUUCGCUCGUGGAGUGAGUAUACCUACCACGACAUGGUAGAUGAUGAUUUGGAUGUGGAAAGGUCCUCUUCUCCACUUGUCGCAGGCGUCGAAACUCGGGGUGCAGCACGCAGACACGAGGAAGCACUUAAUCCUUGCCCUGAGACCUCUGCUGAGUUUGCCAGACAAGUGCGCGAUCAUUUCGUCCUCCAUGGCCCACGAGAACAAAAGGAGGGCAGGAGUCGCAAGCAACAGCCACUUAUUGCUGAAAACACAGACUCAGACAACGAAGAAAUGCCAGAUCUUGAAGAUCUAGGCAAUCCAGACACUGCAGAAGAGCAUGUCGAGCUGCCAUCCUUCAUGUCACUGCUUAACUCGGGCUCCGAGGGCAUUGAUCUAAUCGAGGAACUUCGCAAUAACUAUGCGAAUGACCCAUUCUUCACCAAGAUCCUUGAGAAACCUAAGGAGUUUCAUAAUUUUGAGGUCGAGAAUGGGAUCGUGUACCUCAAGGAGCAUGAGCGGAAGCUCUUAUGCAUCCCCAAGCUCUUGAUUAAAGGAAGAAGUGCCCAGGAGAUUGUUAUCUCAGAGGCACACUCCCUGUUAGCACAUCUCGGUGCCGCGAAAACACUGGAUUAUUUGCGUGAUCACCUCUGGUGGAAAGAUAUGGUUUCAGAUACGCAGGCCUACUGCGAAACCUGUCAGACCUGCAAACAAAGCAAGCCCAGUAAUCAAAAACCAUAUGGGCUGUUGAAUCCUCUUCCCAUACCCGGAAACCCUUGGGAAUCCAUAGGGAUGGACUUCGUUGGGCCCCUGCCUGAGUCUAAGAAUCGGAACGGCUCGUUUGACUUGAUCACAGUUGUAAUUUGCCUCCUGACAGGCAUGGUGCAUUUAGUUCUGAGCAGAACGAACUAUAAUGCUCGUCAACUUGCUGAGCUUAUGUUCAAGGAAGUUUACAAGCACCACGGCUUGCCCAAGAAUAUUAUUAGCGAUCGUGAUGUGCUAUUCACAAGUACACUGUGGGGACAUCUCCAUAAACUCGUUGGGAUGAACCUUAAAAUGUCAAGCGCAUACCACCCGCAGACAGAUGGGUCUACGGAACAAGCUAAUUGA